UAAUUAUUACAAUACAUGUAUUAAUGAAUGAUUUGUUUUAUAUACGAUAAUUAUAAUAAGAAAAUAAAUAAUUAAUUACACUGUUUAUUUGAUAACUGCUCGUAUGGAUUUGUGCAUAUGAAUCGUUCUUUUCUCACGCGGUCACCGACAAGUAAUUCAAUAUGCCUUGCGGUGUCCCACAAAUUUAUCACCGAACCUAUGCCACUCCUAGACGUCCUUUUGAAAAGGAACGUCUUGAUCAGGAACUUAAGCUAAUUGGAGAGUAUGGGUUAAGAAACAAGCGUGAAGUGUGGAGAGUGAAGUAUACUCUAGCAAAAAUCCGCAAGUCUGCGAGAGAGCUGCUGACUUUGGACGAGAAGGAACCAAAGAGGUUGUUUGAAGGUAAUGCACUGCUUCGUCGUUUGGUUCGCAUUGGUGUUCUGGACGAGAGCAAGAUGAAGCUCGAUUUUGUGCUUGGCUUGAGGGUUGAAGACUUCUUGGAGCGUCGUCUGCAGACUCAGGUGUUCAAACUGGGUCUGGCGAAGAGUAUCCAUCAUGCCCGUGUGCUGAUCAGGCAGCGUCACAUCAGGGUGCGUAAACAGGUGGUUAAUAUCCCGUCAUUUGUUGUGCGCCUGGACUCUCAGAAGCACAUAGACUUCGCCCUGACAUCUCCAUAUGGUGGUGGACGACCAGGUCGUGUGAAGAGGAAGAACGCCAAGAAGGGCUCCGGUGGAGGUGGUGACGAGGAGGAUGAGGACUAAACUCCCUGCUCAGCAGCAAAUCAAUUCACUUGUAACUUUACAAAUAAAGAGAAUAAAGAUAA